AUGGAAAAUCAGUCUGAUCCAUCCCUUGGCAAUUUUUCUAUGAGCCUAGAACAACUAAAUUUUGCAGAACUGUUCAUAUGGAAUGGAACUAGCCCCUCUUGGCGUAGUGGUCCACAGAAUGGCCAAGGCCUUGCAACAGUCCUCAGGAUGAGUUCCGAGUAUGAUAAUGGUGCUGAAGAGAUGGUUGUUAGCUUAUCAAAUGGGUCUGAUAUCAAAGAGAUGGUUGCAAUGGCUACAAACAACUUUCAAUUCACCAAUAAACUUGGGCAAGGCGAUUUUGGUCCUGUCUACAAGGGAACACUCCAAGAUGGUCAGGAUAUAGCAGUUAAGAGAUUAUCUAGAGCAUCUGGACAAGGACAAGAGGAAUUCAUGAAUGAGAUGAUUGUCAUUUCCAGGCUUCAACAUCAUUUUGGUAUGGCUAGAAUUUUCAAAAGAAGUGAAGAUCAAGCUAACACAAGAAGAGUUGUUGGAACCUAUGGCUAUAUGUCUCCAGAAUAUGCUAUCAAAGGAUUAUUUUCAGAGAAAUCAGAUGUGUUUCGCUUUGGAGUUUUACUAUUAGAGAUUAUAAGUGGAAGAAGAAACUCAAGCUUUUCUAAUAAUGAGCACUCUCCUAGCCUUCUGGGAUUUGCAUGGAAAUUAUGGAAUGAAGGAAACAUUGUAAAGCUAAUAGACCCAGAAACAUCUAAUCAAAACCAGGAGAAGGAUAUAUUAGGGUGCAUACACAUAGGACUUCUAUGUGUACAAGACCUUGCAAUAGAGAGGCCAAGUAUGAGCACUGUAGUUUCUAUGCUUAACAGUGAGAUUGUCAAUCUUCCUCCUCCAAGGCAACCUGCGUUCAUCCAAUGGCAGAAUAAGGAUUCCAUCUGA